UCCAUGCCACUCACAACGCGUUUUUUUUUAAUUUGUGUCAUGAUUCAAAGUUGACGAGUGUGUGUGUACAUUGUUGUUAUUUUGAAUCGAAAAAAAAAAUUUUGUUUGGGUUCGGAAAAUUCCGGCCGGUCAUUUGAACUAUUUUUUUUUUUUAAAUUAAUUUAUCGAACCACAAAAUCAAUCUUUAUCAAUAAUAAAUCAAUCGUCCGAAGAAUUUAAAGAGAAUGGCCGAUUAUUUAGCAUCGAUUUUUGGUACUGAAAAAGACAAAGUAAAUUGUUCAUUUUAUUUUAAAAUUGGUGCCUGUCGACAUGGAGAACGUUGUUCACGUAUUCAUAAUAAACCAACAUUUAGUCAGACAAUUUUAUUGCAAAAUUUAUACCAGAAUCCACAGAAUGUAACACAGACGACAGAAGGAUCUGGUAAAGAGAUGCCAAGAACCACGAUUACUCGUGUACAUACAAUGAGCGAUGAAGAAGCACAAGAACAUUUUGAUGAUUUUUUCGAAGAUGUUUUCAUUGAACUUGAAGAUAAAUAUGGUGAAAUUGAAGAAAUGAAUGUAUGCGAUAAUCUUGGUGAUCAUCUUGUUGGCAAUGUUUAUGUUAAAUUUCGUCGCGAAGAAGAUGCUGAACGUGCCGUAUCUGAUCUAAAUAAUCGUUGGUUUGGUGGUCGAGCAAUCUGUGCUGAAUUAUCACCGGUUACAGAUUUUCGUGAAGCUUGUUGUCGACAAUAUGAAAUGGGUGAAUGUACCCGUAGCGGUUUCUGUAAUUUUAUGCACAUCAAACCAAUAUCAAGAGAAUUACGACGAGAACUUUAUGGUAGACGUCGUGCAGCGGCUAUGGAACGUCGUAAUGCAAGUGAUCGUGAACGUGAUCGUUAUAUGGAUCAUCAUCAUCGUUCAAGAUCACGUUCAAUGGAACGUCGUCGUGGUUCAUCACGUGAUCGAGAUCGUCACCGUGAUCGAGACCGCGAUAGAGAUCGUGAUCGUGAUAGUAAACGGAAAUCAUCAUCUAGACAUCAUCGGUCAUCCGGUAGAUCAUCACGUAGCCGAUCGAAAGAUCGACAUCGAACAUCAUCAUCGAGACGUACGAAAGAAGAUCGUCAUGAUGAUGAACAAGAUGAUUAUGAUGGCAAUGAUCAUGAUCCUGAUGAUGAUGAUGAUGAUUGA